UUAGAUUGGAGACUCUACUGUGUCUCCCUUCUCAUGCAUCCAGUUCUCUGCAGAAUGCUUCCUGAAGUACUGAAUUAUGCUGGAUGAUGUUCCUUCUCAGGACAUGCCUGGAGUACAGAGACAGUUAAUGAUGUGCUAUAAAAAGGAAACAUGGAACAUAUUUCAGACAAGAGAUACCCAGUCAAUGCAAAAGAUUACAAGUUGUAUGAGGAAGUUGGCGAAGGAGUCAGUGCUACUGUGUACAGAGCUCUCUGCAUUCCAUUCAAUGAAAUAGUUGCUAUCAAGGUUCUUGACCUGGAAAGAUGUAACAAUGAUUUGGAUGGCGUUCGUCGAGAGGUACAAACCAUGAGCUUGAUUAAUCACUCGAAUUUAUUAGGAGCACAUUGCUCUUUUCCUAAUGGUCGAGACCUUUGGCUUGUGAUGCCAUACAUGUCUGGGGGAUCAUGUCUUCACAUAAUGAAAUCUGCUCAUCCAGAGGGUUUAGAGGAACCUGUUAUUGCCACACUAUUACGUGAAGUUCUUAGUGCUCUUGUUUAUCUCCAUGCCCACGGGCACAUCCAUAGAGAUGUUAAGGCUGGAAAUAUAUUAAUUAAUUCUAGUGGUGCUGUCAAGUUAGCUGACUUUGGAGUAUCAGCAUGCAUGUUUGAUACUGGAGAUAGACAACGCUCAAGAAACACUUUUGUUGGAACUCCAUGCUGGAUGGCCCCUGAAGUAAUGCAGCAAUUGCAUGGAUAUAACUUUAAAGCAGAUAUUUGGUCGUUUGGAAUAACAGCCCUUGAACUUGCUCAUGGUCAUGCCCCAUUUUCAAAGUAUCCGCCAAUGAAGGUGUUGCUGAUGACAUUACAAAAUGCACCACCCGGUCUUGACUAUGAAAGGGACAAGCGGUUCUCAAAGUCUUUUAAAGAGAUGGUAGCUGCUUGCUUAGUGAAGGAUCCAAAGAAGCGUCCCACUUCAGAGAAGCUUUUGAAGCACCAUUUCUUUAAAAAUGCACGUUCAAAUGAGUAUCUUGCACGGACCAUUCUUGAUGGCCUUGCUCCACUUGGUGAACGUUUUAGAAUGCUGAAGGCAAAAGAGGCUGAUUUUCUGGCACAGAACAAGGUGAUGAAUGGAGAUAAAGAUCAAUUAUCACAGCAAGAAUAUAUACGAGGAAUCAGUGAAUGGAAAUUUAAUCUGGAAGAUUUGAAAGCUCAAGCUGCUCUUAUUGAGGAUGAUGAUGGGAUUUCCAAUAUGAAUUAUCCAGAUGCGAGCAGCAAACAAAAAGAAGGAUAUGAUGAUGCAAGUUCUAUGCCAGAAAAGCCAUCACCUGAAACUGUGAACCAUUAUAAUGCUACACCUGUUCAGGAGGACGGGCUUAAUGAUCUUCAGGAUGUGGAAAACUCACUUGCUUCAUUUCCUAUCCGUCCUCUUCAGGCACUUAAAGGUUAUUUUGAUGUUCGUGAGGAUGAUAUUACCACAAGCAGCCCAAAAUGGAAAGAUGCUAUCCAAUCCAAUUCUGAUCAACAGUCUCAAGUGCAGUCAUCAUCAAGGGCAGAGGACCAAGAUAGUUAUAAGUGUGAUGGUGAGAAUCUGGAAAGAAGUAGUUUUUUACCAAAAUAUGUGAUUCCUGGACAUCAGAAGUUCUUCAGUGGUUCUAUGCUUCCGGACAAUGUUCUUUCCCCCCAUAAAAAAGUUAGUGGGGAUGGAGACAGGGAAUAUGGACAUCUGAAAUCUCAAACUGAGCGGAACUAUAGUGGUCAAUUAUAUCGUCAAAAGAGAGACAUGGAUAACCUUCCAUAUGCGGAGGAUGCACCAGGAGCAGUCGUCCAACGUAAGGGUCGGUUUAAAGUAACCUUGGCCGAUCUCAGUCAAAAGAAUGCUUCUACAAACUGCUUGGUUAACCCAGUUUGUGGAGUUCCAAGCAGUUCCAUGACCCCUACUGUUUCAGCCACUUCAGUUUGUCCGACGUUGCAAUAUAUGUUGCAGCAGAACACUAGGCAGAUGGAAGAAAUAAAUAAAUUGAUGAAAUAUGUGGAGCAAUCAUCUGUCUUCACAGGCCAUCAAGCAGAGUCUUCUGAUGCAGGCCGUACUGACCUCCUACAGAUAUUUCCAGCUUCUGCUAGGGAAAAAGAAUUACAAGCUCAUGUGAUUCAUCUGCAGCAAAGCAUGGAAAGUCUAGUUGAAGAGUUGCAGAGACUGAAGAUAGUAAAUGCUCAGUUAGAAAGACAAUUGAAUGCUCUGCAGAAGAAGCAGGAUAAGAGGAGGAUUGAGAAAGCAUGAAGAGCAGUCAUGAGACUCGUGACACUCCCAAUCAAUUUUGGUUUCCGGAGCGGCAUGCCAUUGAUCCAUCCAACUUUUCAUGACAUUAACUAGUCUUCAUGCUCUGAAAUUAAAGCUAUCUACAUCCCUGUGGUUUGCACAGCUAGAAAGACAGUUGAGUGCUGUGUAAGAAGCAAGAACGGGGUUGAGAAAAAGAAGAGCGGUUAGGACACUCUCAAGUCCCAACCCAUCUUUCGUUCUUUUGUCGGAAAUAUCUUAUUUGGAAGGGAGGGGGAAACCGAGUUGGUUUUCCAAGAGUCAGGCUUCAUUUGCUUUAAUUGUAUUUUUAUUGUACAAUAUAAGAUCUGGGUGAAGUUUGCGCCCCCAAAUUUUGAGAUUGUAUUUUGGUAUCUAAAAGCUCCACAUAGAUACCCUUUGUAAUUUAAUGACUAAUUAUUGUAUUUAUACUAUAUUUUGGG